GGCAGCCCCGCUUCCCCAUUGCUCCGACCCGACUGGGAGGCCAGCGAGUGGAAUCCCAGCUUCCUCCCCUUGGCUGUGCAGAAAAGCCCUGCAGGGUGAAUAGCGAAGUUUGACAAAAUGAAGAGAUGAGUUCAACAGCUCCCUGGAAUUCCUAAUUUUAGACUUACUCAGGGAUCUAAAAAGUGGUGUUUUGAAACAGUAGCCAACUCAUCAAACAAAGAAAAUGAGGAAACAUCGAUAUUUGCCCUUAGUAGCAAUCUUUUGUCUUUUACUCUCAUGCUAUGCUGAUGCCCAGCAGAAAGAAGAUGUCAAAAUCGGUGCUGCUGCUGAUAUAAUAUUUCUAGUGGAUUCCUCUUGGAGCAUUGGAAAGGAACAUUUCCAACUUGUUCGGGAGUUUCUGUAUGAUGUUGUAAAACAAUUAGAUGUGGGUGAAAAUGAUUUUCGGUUUGGUCUGGUCCAGUUCAGCGGAAACCCACAUACAGAGUUCCAGUUAAACACGUAUCAUACUCUGCAAGAUGUCCUCUCCCAUAUUUCACACAUGCCUUAUAUGGGGGGUGGAACCAAGACUGGACAAGGAUUAGAGUUCCUAAUUCGGAACCAUCUAACUAAAGCUGCUGGAAGCAGAGUGAGUGAUGGCACCCCACAGGUUAUUAUAGUGUUAACGGACGGACGAUCCCAAGAUGAUGUGACUCUGCCAUCAUCUGUUCUUAAGUCUGCUGAUGUAAACAUGUUUGCCAUUGGAGUGCAGGAGGCAGUGGAAGGGGAAUUAAAGGAAAUAGCAAGUGAACCCCUUGAUAUGCACCUGUUCAACCUAGAGAACUUUACUGCUCUCCACGGCAUUGUAGGAGACUUAGUUGCAAGUAUUCGUUCAUCAAUGACUCCAGGAAUGGCUGGAGCAAAAGGAGUGAUUAAAGACAUAACAGCGCAAGAAUCUGCCGACAUUAUUUUCCUUGUUGACGGAUCAAACAACAUCGGCACUGUCACUUUCGCAGCCAUUCGUGAUUUCGUUGCAAAUUUUAUUGAAAGACUGUCAGUUGGAGAUGAGCUCAUACGCAUUGGGGUGGUGACGUAUAGUGAUCGACCCAGAACUGUUUUCUCCUUGAACAGCUACACCCGAAAAGCCGAUGUUCUAGGUGCAGUGAAGGCCCUUAGCACUCUUGGUGGCGAGGAGGCUAAUAUUGGGGAAGCUCUUGAGUACGUGGUGCGAAGCCACUUCACCCGGUCAGCAGGCAGCAGGAUAGAGGAAGGUGUGCCGCAGAUUUUAGUGCUGAUAAGUGGCAGUGAGUCUAGCGAUGACAUUAGAGAAGGGGUUUUAGCCAUGAAGCAAGCUAGUAUAUUCUCGUUUAGCAUUGGGGUCCAAAAUGCUGACAAUGCAGAGCUUCAGCAAAUUGCUACUGAUGGAAGCUUCGUAUUUACUGCCCUGGACACACGUAACCUUGGCGAACUUCAAGAACUCUUACUGCCAAACAUUGUUGGAGUGGCCCAAAGACUCAUUUUGUUAGAUGCUCCAACCAUUCUUACAGAAGUUGUUGAAGUCAAUAAGAAGGACAUAGUCUUCCUCAUAGAUGGCAGCACAGCCUUGGGAAAUGCCCCUUUUAACGCAAUUCGUGAUUUCAUUGUCAAAAUCAUCAACAGACUUGAAAUUGGACCAGACCUGAUCCAAGUUGCAGUGGCACAAUAUGCAGAUACUGUAAGACCGGAAUUCCAUUUCAGUACCUUCCAGACAAAAAAAGAUGUCCUAAACCAUGUUAAGAAAAUGAAGCCGGUUGGUGGUGCUCCACUUAAUACAGGUUCUGCUCUAAGGUUUGUUAAAAACAACUUCUUCACCAGUGCUGUUGGAUGCAGGAUUGAUGAAGGUGUCCUACCAAUGACAGUCCUUAUUACUGGCGGUAAGUCCAGAGAUGACGUUGUCCAACCAGCAGAAGAAGUGAAAAGGAAUGGCAUACUGGUCCUUGCUAUUGGGGCAAGAAAUGCAGAUCGCGCUGAACUAGAACAAAUUGCCUAUGGAACAAGCCUAGUAUUCACUCCCAGUGAGUUCCGCACAGUUGCACUACAAGCUAUUCUUCCUGAUGUCGUGACACCUAUAAGGACGCUGUCUGGAACUCUGGUAGAAUCACCAUCACGAGAAGUUCUGGUAAACAAAAGGGAUAUCAUCUUUCUUUUGGAUGGAUCUGUCAACGUUGGAAAUGCCAACUUCCCUUUUGUCCGCGACUUUGUUGUGAGCCUAGUUAAUUCCCUUGACGUUGGAAUUGAUGAUAUACGAAUCGGCCUAGUUCAAUUUAGUGAGAAUCCCAAAACGGAAUUCUUUUUAAACACUUUCCUAACCAAGGAAGAUCUACUUAAUCGCCUGAGGCAAUUCAGACUCCAAGGGGGGUCAACACUGAACACAGGCUCUGCACUAGACUUCGUCCUUUCAAAUCACUUCACUGAAGCCGGUGGGAGCAGGAUAGAUGAGAGCGUUCCUCAGGUGCUAGUCUUCCUCGCAGCAGGGCCGUCGGCUGAUUCAUUCCAACAGGCUGCCAGUGCUUUAGCUCACGCAGGAGUGCUGACAUUUUGCAUUGGUGUUAGAAAUGCCGAUCUGGCAGAACUUCAGCAGAUCGCGUUUAAUCCACAAAUAGUGUAUUUUAAGGAUGAAUUCAAUUCUCUGGCAGACUUGCCGCAGGAAAUGAUUAGGCCACUAACAACGUAUUUUAGUGAAGAUGUGAAAGAAGUUAUAAUCACCUCAACAGAAAGCAAGAUUGAUAUAUUAUUCUUGAUUGAUGGCUCAGUAAACCUUGCGGGUCAUUUUCCUGCUGUCCGAGACUUUUUGCACCGAAUUAUUUCUGACCUGAAUGUGGGCCCUGAUGCCAUACGUGUGGCUGUGGCGCAGUUUAGUGACAACGUCAACGUGGAGUUCAACUUCCAUGAAAUCCCAUCUAAGCAAGAAAUCCUUCAGAAAGUGAAAAGAAUGAAGAUAAAAGGAGGCAGGCUACUCAACAUUGCUGCUGCAUUAGAUUAUGCCAUGAAGGACAUCUUUGUGAGGCGUGCUGGUAGCAGGAUUGAUGAAGGAGUGCCUCAAUUCCUAGUGCUCCUUGCUGCUGGAAGAUCAAACGACAACGUGGAUGAGCCCGCUGAUACUCUGAAACAAGCUGGUGUUGUUACUUUCGUUAUCAAAUCCAGGACUGCAGAUCCCUUAGAAUUAGAAAAAAUUGUUUUUGACCGUCAGUUCAUUCUAAACGUUGACUCUCUUGCUAGAAUUGGAGACAUACAACCUGAAAUAGUCAAUCUACUGAAAACCAUCCAACUUAGACCUCCAGUUGAUGAAGUUCAGAAGAAGGAUGUUGUAUUUUUGAUAGAUGGUUCAGCUGGUACCAGAAGGAUUUUCCCAGAGCUGAAGUCCUUUUUACUAACAGUGAUUGAUGAACUGGAUGUCGGUCCUGACAAAGUCCGGGUUGCUGUGGCCCAACAUAGUAAUACUGUAAAACUGGAGUUCCUUCUGAAUGAGUACUCAGACAAGACAGAUGUAAUCCGAGCCAUUCAGAGGCUGUCUGCUAUGGGAGGUUCUCCACUUAAUACAGGAGCUGCCAUUAACUACCUUAUUAGUAAUGUGUUCACACAACAGGCUGGAAGCAGGGUGUCUGAAGGUGUCCCACAGUUCUUGAUCCUGGUGACAGCUGAGAAGUCAACAGAUGAUGUCAGAAGGCCUGCCAUAGAACUGAAGACAAGGGGUGCUGUGCCUUUUGGCAUUGGCAUUGGAAAUGCAGACAUCACUGAGCUCCAGACAAUUUCUUAUGUUCCUGAAUUUGCGGUCCUUGUCUCUGGGAUCAGUGAAUUGAGCACCGUGCAGGAGUUUAUUGCAAGAAGAGUGACUCAGCUGACCAAGGCAAAAAUAGAAGCUUUGGUCCCAUCACCUGGUCCAGAGGAUGUAAGGAAGAGAGAUAUUGUAUUCCUUAUUGAUGGCUCGCAGUUUGCAGUUUCUGAAUUUUCUUCUGUUCGUGAGUUUAUUGGCAGAAUUGUAAACAAUCUGAAUGUGGGUUCUGAUAACACUCGAGUAGCUGUAAUUCAGUUCAGUGAAGAUCCUAAGGUUGAAUUUCUGCUGAAUGCACACUCCACCAAGGAUGAGGUUCAAGCAGCAGUGAGAAGGCUGAGACCCAAAGGAGGGAGCCAAGUGAACUUGGGUUCUGCCCUGGAAUAUGUGUCAAAGAAUAUAUUCACAAGGCCCUCAGGAAGUCGCAUAGAAGAGGGCGCUCCCCAGUUUUUAAUCCUCAUCUUCUCCCGCAUGCCUGAUGACGAUGUGGAGGACCCUGCACACCAAGUCAAAGAAGUGGGUGUGGCACCACUGGCUAUUGGGAAGAAUGUGGCUCGCGAGGAAUUGAUCAAAAUAGCUCUUAGUCCUGAGCAUGUCUUCCAGGUGUCCACUUACCAGGAUCUACCUAGUCUGGAACAAAAACUGAUAGCCCCAAUUACAACACUAACUACCCAGCAGAUACAAGAACUCAUUGGUGAUAUAAGUCGCAUUCCAGAUAUUGACAGUGAAGCAAAAGACAUUGUCUUCCUGAUUGACAGCUCUACCAAUGUCAGGGCGGACGGCCUUGCUCACAUUCGAGAUUUCAUUAUCCGGAUUGUCCAGCAGUUGGAUGUUAGACCAAGCAAAGUGAGAAUUGGUGUUGUCCAGUUCAGCAAUGAUGCAACCUCUGAGUUCUUCUUAAAAACCCACCCAACCAAAGAAGCUGUGUUGCAAGCCAUACGCCGCUUGCGGUACAAAGGAGGGGCUCCCUUGAAUGUUGGGAAAGCUCUGGACUUCGUUGUAAAGAACCACUUUGUUAAAUCUGCAGGAAGCAGACGAGAAGAUGGAGUCCCACAGCAUUUAGUUCUCUUGCUUGGAGGGAGAUCCCAGGAUGAUGUUGGCAGGCCUUCCUUUGUGAUACAGUCAUCUGGGAUUAAAAGCUUGGGUGUAGGAGCAAGGAAUGUAGACAGUACAGAACUGGAAAGCAUUACCAAUGAUCCCAGAACUGCAUUUGUUGUGAAAGAGUUUACUGAGCUCCCGACAAUAGAGAAGAGGUUCUUUGCGUCAUUUGAGGCACCUCAAGAAUCAACAGUCAUACCUCCUGAGAUUCCUACUGAUGGUAAAAAACAAGCAGACAUCGUCUUUUUGCUGGAUGGCUCCAUCAACUUUGGAAGAGAAAAUUUCCAAGAAGUUGUUGACUUUGUAUAUGGCAUAAUUGAUGCUAUUUAUGAAGUAGGUGAUUCCAUUAAAGUUGGCUUGGUGCAAUACAACUCAGAUAUGAGGGAUGAAUUCUUUCUGAAGGAUUUCUCUGACAAAGAACAGAUCUUAGAGGCAGUGAAGAAAACAGUGUACCACGGAGGCAGAGUUGCCAAUACUGGAUCAGCCAUCAAGCACGUCCAAGCAAAACAUUUCGUAAAGGAGGCUGGCAGCAGGGCGGACCAGAAAAUCCCUCAGAUUGCUUUUAUUAUAACAGGAGGCAAGCCGGAGGAUGAUGGGCAGGCAGCUGUCUUAUCGUUGGCACAGAAGGGUGUCAAGGUGUUUGCAGUUGGUGUGAAAAACAUUGACCUUGGUGAGGUUUCCAAACUCUCCAGUGAAAGCACCAUGGCGUUUAGGGCUCCAACAGUCCAGGGGCUCUCAGAGUUGAAUGAGGCUGUGCUGGUUACACUGAAUGAUGUCAUGAAAGAACAGUUGUGCCAAGGUGUAGGAGAUGUCUCAAGAGAUUGCAAUCUGGAUAUUAUACUUGGAUUUGAUGUCUCAGAUGUUGGACCAGGGCAAAAUAUAUUCAAUGUACAAAGAGUGCUACAGUCACAGGUUGAAGAUAUUCUGAACAGGAUUACUCAAAUGCCGAAAAUCAGCUGCACUCGCAACCAGGCACCAACUGUGCGUGUGGCUCUUCUGGCACAGACUCCCUCCGGAGUUGUGGAAGCAUUUGACUUUUCUGAGUAUGAGCCAGAGUUGUUUGAAAAGUUCCAAGCCUUGCGGAAUGGUGGUCCAUAUGUCCUAACUGCAGAGACUCUCAAAUCGUAUCAGAAUAAAUUUAGAACAGCUCCCGGUGGAAGUGUGAAGGUAGUGAUACACUUAACGGAUGGCAUUGAUGGAGCCAAGGGGCAGCUGAAAGCUGCGUCUGCUGAUCUGCAGAGAGAAGGUGUUAAAGCUUUCAUUCUUGUUGGACUGGAACGAGCAGCAAAUUUUGAGGAGUUGAUGCAGCUGGAAUUUGGACGUGGCUUUUCUUAUAAUCGGCCUCUCCAAGUGAAUCUGCUGGAUUUAGAUUUUGAAUUGGCAGAACAACUGGACAACAUUGCAGAAAAGGCAUGCUGUGGGGUCCCCUGCAAAUGUUCUGGACAGCGGGGAGACAGAGGAUUGCCAGGUUCAUUUGGACCAAAGGGAGUUCCAGGGGAAAAUGGCUACAGAGGCUAUCCAGGAGAUGAAGGUGGACCAGGUGAUCGUGGACCACCAGGGAUCAAUGGAACUCAGGGAUUCCAAGGAUGUCCUGGAGAAAGAGGAACUAAGGGGAGCCGUGGAUUCCCAGGGGAAAAGGGUGAAUUAGGAGAGAUUGGCCUUGAUGGAAUAGAUGGAGAAGAGGGUAACAGAGGCCUUCCAGGUUCUUCUGGAGAGAGGGGAAGCCCUGGCAGACGAGGCGGCAAAGGAGUCAAAGGAGAAAGAGGAGAGCGGGGUGACCAUGGACUGCGAGGAGAUCCGGGUACACCAGGAACAGAUAACACUCAGAGAGGACCCAAAGGCCAAAAGGGUGAACUUGGACCAACGGGAGAACCCGGAGGAGAUGGGCCAGCAGGUGGCCCAGGAGGGCCUGGAAGGAAUGGAGGACUUGGCAGAAGAGGACCUCCAGGAGUCAAAGGAAACGGAGGUGCGCCAGGUCUGCCAGGAGCUGUGGGAGAACAAGGCACAAGAGGGCCAGAGGGUCCACCUGGCCAAACUGGAACACCCGGUCUUCGGGGAGAGCAAGGCAUACCUGGCCCAAGGGGUGGUGGAGGCCCACCUGGAACUGCUGGGGACCGUGGCAGGCUUGGUCCUCUUGGUAAAAAAGGUGAACCUGGUGAUUCUGGUCCAAAGGGCCUCAAUGGUCCUCCAGGCCCUCGAGGAGAGAUGGGAGAUGAUGGCCGAGAUGGAGUUGGCAAGGCAGGAGAAAAAGGCAGAAGGGGAGAACCCGGUUUCCCAGGAUAUCCAGGACAAAGGGGCACUCCUGGAGAUCGUGGUACACUUGGUGAUCCUGGCCCCAAAGGAAGCCAAGGUCAAAGGGGAAGAGCAGGAGACUCUGGCUCAAGAGGCCAAAAAGGAGAGAGAGGGCACCCAGGACCAGGUGGACUGAAGGGUAACAAAGGAGAAGCGAGAGAUCAAUGUGCACUUGUACGCAACAUCAAAGACAAAUGCCCUUGCUGUUAUGGUCCGAGGGAAUGCCCAGUUUAUCCAACAGAACUGGCGUUUGCUAUAGAUACCGCUACUGGUGGAAGUGCAGAGGCUUUCAACCGGAUGAAGCAAGCAGUGUUGACAGUGGUUAAUAACCUCACAAUUGCUGAGAGCAACUGCCCAAGGGGAGCCCGAGUUGCAUUGGUUACAUAUAACAGCGAAGUCACCACUGAGAUUCGUUUUGCUGACUCCCGAAGAAAGAAAACUCUUGUGGAACAGAUUCAGAACCUCCAGAUUCCACAGACAUCAAAACAGCGAAGUCUAGAAACAGCAAUGUCCUUUGUGGCCAGGAACACCUUCAAGCGGGCACGGAGUGGAUUUCUCAUGAGGAAGGUGGCUGUUUUCUUCAGCAAUGGGCCAACAAGAGCAUCUCCACAGCUGAACGAGGCUGUACUGAAACUAUACGAUGCUGGAGUUGUGCCUGUGUUUCUUACAUCUAGAGAGGACAGGCCCCUCAUCAACGCCCUGCAGAUCAACAACACUCUAGGGGGACAGGCUAUCACAUUUGCUGGUGGUGCAGCUCAACAGGCCCAAACUAUUAGGAGACUAUUAACAUGCCAUAUUUGUCUAGAUGUGUGUGAUCCUGAUUCCAGCUGUGGUCCCCAAAGGGCCACCUUUGGUAGAGACAGAAGGGCAGCUCCUACAGAUGUUGACAUUGAUAUAGCAUUCAUCCUGGAUAGCUCUGAGACCACCACUCAUCUGCAAUUCACAGAGAUGAAGAACUACAUUUCAUAUGUAGUAAGCCAGCUGGCAACGAGCUCUGAUCCCAAGGCAGACCGGCACCAUGCCAGGGUAGCUGUUAUCCAACAUGCGCCCUAUGAAUUUGAAUCAAACUCAAGUUCACCUCCCAUCAAAGCUGAAUUGUCAUUGACAGACUAUGGAUCCAAAGAAAAGAUGAUGGAUUUCAUUAAGAACCAAAUGGUACAGUUGUAUGGUACACGGGCUGUGGCAAGUGCAAUCGAAUAUACAACGAGAUACAUUUUUGAGAGUGCACCAAACCCAAGAGAUCUUAAAGUCAUUGUCUUGAUGAUGACAGGAGAGGUUAAAAAUGAAGAACUUGAACACCUUCAGAGAGUUAUUGUAGAAGCUAAAUGUAAAGGAUAUUUUUUUGUCAUAGUUGGCAUUGGCAGGAAAGUUAAUGUCAGGAGUGUCUACAGUUUGGCAAGUGAGCCUAACGAUGUCUUCUUCAAAUACGUUGAUAAGCCAUCUGAGCUCCAUGAAGAGCCUUUGCUGCGCUUUGGAAACCUCUUGCCAGCUUUUAUCAGCAGUGAAAAUGCCUUUUACUUGUCUCCAGAUGUCAGGAAACAAUGUGACUGGUUCCAGGGUGAUCAGCCAGACAAAAAAACUGACCAGAAACAAGUACAUGUUCCAAAUAAUGUUACUGCCAUACCUACUACAACAGAAAAAUUGGGAGUGGUUAAGCAUGGUGGAGGAGUCCAGAUAACUGAUAUCACUGAAAACAGUGCUAAAUUACAAUGGGUGAACCCUGAGCCUCAACAUGUCCACAUUUAUGAGGUCAUGAUUACCUCUGCUGAUGACCACUCUUUAGUUUUGAAGCUCAACCUGACUACUACCGAACGGGUCAUUGGAGGACUCGGGAGUGGGCAGAAAUAUCAUGUCACUGUUACAGGGUACUGGAAAGCACAGGCCAAAGUGACCUACAGAGGAACUUUCAGCACAAAGAGCGCGCCCUUACCCAAGUUACCUUCAGCAGCAACAGCAAAUCUGAUGGUGAAUACGGAGCCGUUGGAAGGACCUGAAACUGAUCCUUGCUUACUGGACCUUGACAUGGGCGCGCAGUGCAAGGAGUAUCAGGUUAAAUGGUUCUUUGACUACAAAAACAAGAUCUGCACCCAGUUUUGGUAUGGUGGGUGUGGUGGUAACGCCAAUAGAUUUGAGACAGAAGCUGACUGCAUUAGCAGAUGCUUGAAGCCAUCAGAUGAGAGAAUCAUGCAGCUGCCUGUCCUUGAGAAAAGUCACUUGUCAGUCAAUGAUAUCUGUGCGCUGCAGAGAGGUAUAGGACCCUGCAGGAAUUAUACCCUAAAAUGGUAUUUUGACCCACUGAUCAAACGUUGUGCUAGAUUCUGGUAUAGUGGUUGUGAAGGAAACGACAACAGAUUUGACACACAGACAGAAUGUGAAAAUGUCUGCCUUUCGGCUCAUGUCUCACCUAGCAUUGGAACCUAAAUCACAGCAAAUAUCAACACAUACCUCUAAGAGAACCAGGGGUCAGCCAUUGCCAACAUGCCCCUCAUAGAAGCUAAGGGUAUCGACUACCUUGCACUGUGCUAUAUCUGCUUUACGUUCUAUGCAAACCUUGAAGAAAGUGUUUUGCUGCACAACUUUAUCAAUAUGGUGCUAAACUGUUUGUGGACUGAAUGCUAAAUGUGUCUGGGAUAUACUCUAUACUUUCAACAUUAUGUAAUAUUUACCCACCACAGGUCUUAUUUGUUUGAUAAAAUUACCAUUUCUUUUGGAUUCUGGCACCAUGCCCUUUUUAGGCAUUUUAAAGACUAGGAAAUAAUGGAACAAAAAUCACUGCAACUGUUAUGUACUUGCUUUUAUCAUUUCCGUAACUAUCUGAGCAUAACUUUAGAUGGAAAGCCUCAUAUAAAAGGAGUAGUCACUUCUGAAACACAAGCAGUCCAACUUUUCAUUCUGUUUUUACUGUUCCUGGAUUAGACUUUAUACUAAUUCUUUUUUGUGCAUGUGUGAUCAAUCAGACCAGAAAAAAGGCAACUUUUCUUAACGCAGAUGCACUGCUGCGACCAACGACUGAGUUAAAGAAUUUUUAAAACAUGGUGUAGAAUGUUAUUGGCUAUCCUCUAAUGUUGUGUGUUUUAUCAUUUUUAAUUUUUUUGCAGGGGUGGGAAUUUAUUUUUAUUGUGGUUUUGUUUUCAGGAAAUCUAUACAAAAGAACUUCUAAAUAAAGUUAAAUUGUGAUUUUGAAA